ACAAAACUGCUAAAAGAAAUCCAAACUAUGGAUGACGUAGACGUGACCGUCAAGUCUACAAAAGAAUCAGAGACAUGUCAGUAUAAACAACUCUCUUCAACAAAAUCAAGCCACCUGACAAAAGUGGCACUCAAGCUAUUUCAUCACCUCAAAUGAAAUCCUCUCAACGUUCUAUUCCGUCCCAACCUGUUUUGUACUCUAGAGUACAUAACAAUCGCAGUAAAGUUCAGGAAAGUUUACUCUCUUGUCCUCCGGAAAAGUUCAGCUCCCGAUCUUCUACAUCUCAUGAUCCAGAUGACAUGGAUCCCAUCGUUAUUGAAACUGUUUACUGGGGAGUAUCUCAGUCCCCUGGUUCUUUAUUUUUCGACGUUACUUGUCGCAAGGAAUCCGACAAGGAUCUCUACAAACUGGCCUUUGAUCAGUUUGAUGAUUUUGUUGGACAAUUAGUUCAUCGUUCUGGAACAAACAGAUACUUGGAGGUCAAUUUCAGUAUUGACAGACAUCGCUCCUAUGCUUUUGAUACUGGUUUGAAAUUUGAUAAAGGCAAGAUGGUCGUUAAGCCUGCACACGCCAUGGCAACUGGCUCCAUUCUAAAAAAAGUGAGCCUUCAACGUUUACCUUGGCUUAGACCAAAAGAGCUUCUUGCUGGCUUAACUGCCACACUCAGUAACUAUGGUGUUGUCAAGGACAAUGCCACAGGCACUUUCUUGAGUUCUGGAUACGCAGUCCUCGAUGUAUCAAAGCAAUCACUUGCUCAAGAUGAGGCCCCCUUUUUGGAUCUCUCUCAUGUGACUACCUGGGUUGAUCCGGACGCCUCUUGUUCAGGCAAAAUGUUUAUUUUGGCCUAUUGGAAUGGUAUGCCUACCUAUUGUAAAUAUUGUCAUGAAUCUGGUCAUAUCGCUUCCAGUUGCCCUAAAUCCCCUAGCGGCAAACGUGUCUGCUUCCUCUGUCUCAAACGUGGUCAUGUUCGGGCCGAUUGUCCUGAACGCACAUCCACUGCUAAGCGACGCCGUAAUGGUCGCUCUGUAGCACGCCCGUCCUCUUCAACUCAGCCUGCUUCAAGCGACACUGAGAUCACAACGUCAGAAAUAUCAAGUGGUGAAAAGGAUGAUUCGAUAAUUACUCCUAAGUCUCAAGAGAUCAUCAUAGUGCAGGACCAACACUCAGAGAUCACUGAGGCAUCUGAUCUACCUGUACAUAAUCCCUCGCACUUGCAUUCCAAAUAUGUCAAUGUUGAGCCUUCUAGACAAUCUACGGCAGGGAUUGACCAUAAUUCUCUCAUUUCUACCUCUCGAUCGUCUUAUCCUCCCUCGGAUACUGCAGAGGUUUACUCUGAUGCUGAAAUGGAUGAGGCCCACCAGUCUUCUGAGAGUUUAGAAGAAUCUGAUGAAGCACCCUCUAGUGAUACAGAAAUGAAUGAAAUCCACAAUGACUCUAAAGUACCAGUUUCCAAGUCUUCUACACCAGGUGUUUCUGUUCAUCGUAGCGGUCGCAAUCGGAACGCUCCGGACAAUCUGAAUCUUUAAUCUUAUUAUUAUGAUAUAUAAUAAUCGCAAGGCAUUCAAGUUACUAUCUUUGAAUGGCAAUAGUUUUUUCAAAGUUAGUAAACCAUCUACACAAAAACAAUUUAUACAACACAUUCGAUCCUAUAAUCCCACAUUUGUUGCUCUGCAAGAAGUGGACAAUAGUGAUAACCCUUCCUCAC